CUUUCCUCCAUGUUAGAUGUGAAGUGGAAAAUCGGGGAGAUUCGGCAAAAUUCCACCGUGUCUUCAGCCAGGCUGGAGAGGGGGAGAGCAGAAUGAAACCCUCAGGCUGUUGAGAUUUCCAGACUUCCAGGAAGUCCCUCGAACUCAGUGAAAAUGAGGGUUUCUGCACUGAAUCUGACAGGAAAAAGGGACAGACCCUUUUCCUAAUUCUCGUGUGUGUGUGUGUGUGUGUGUGUGUGUGUGUGUGUGUGUGUGUGUGUGUGUGUGUCACCUUUCUUUACCAGCAUGGGAAGCGAGAGGGCACUUGCCAGCUGCCUCAGACAAGUCUGCACGGUCCCAGGUACCCAAAGUGAGGCAGAGUGAUCUCCGCCCGGCUCUGGCUUCCCGCCGCCUCAUGGGUUUGGGGAGAAGCGGGAGACUCAGCACCAGCAGCAGCCGCCCUGUCCCAGCAGCUGGAGCCGCAAGGAUGAACUGCAAGGAGGGCAAUGACAGCAGCUGCGGCUGCAGUGGCAGCGAGGAGAAGAAGAUGCUGAAGUGUGUGGUGGUGGGGGACGGCGCCGUGGGGAAAACCUGCCUGCUGAUGAGCUACGCCAAUGACGCCUUCCCAGAGGAGUAUGUGCCCACUGUGUUUGACCACUAUGCAGUUACCGUGACAGUGGGAGGCAAGCAACACUUGCUCGGACUGUAUGACACCGCAGGACAGGAGGACUACAACCAGCUGAGGCCUCUCUCCUACCCCAACACCGAUGUGUUUUUGAUCUGCUUCUCGGUUGUCAAUCCCGCCUCUUACCACAACGUCCAGGAGGAAUGGGUCCCGGAGCUGAAGGACUGCAUGCCUCACGUGCCUUAUGUCCUCAUAGGGACACAGAUUGAUCUCCGUGACGACCCCAAAACCUUGGCCCGUUUGCUCUAUAUGAAAGAGAAGCCUCUCACUUACGAGCACGGUGUGAAGCUUGCAAAAGCGAUCGGAGCGCAGUGCUACUUGGAAUGCUCGGCCCUGACUCAGAAAGGUCUCAAAGCGGUGUUUGAUGAAGCGAUCCUCACCAUUUUCCACCCCAAGAAGAAGAAGCAGCGCUGCGCCGAGUGUCCCGGCUGCUGCUCAAUUAUCUGAGGUGGCUGGAGACCCACCUCCACCCCAUCGACCGGUGAGAAUGGCAGCCAGAUUCCGCGACCAAGUUCAAGACAAUAAGGAGGGCAUGACCAGAGAGGAAGUCCCUUCACACCGGGGCUCGUCUCCGCCCUGUGAGCCCGCCUAGCACAGCCCACUAGCCAGCCGACCGCCUCGUCCGCCCUCCCAGCCAGAAGCACCCACGUUGCACACUCUGCGAGCACGCUGAGCCGGGGUUGCAGCCGGCGCCGCCGCGGACACGUUGGAAACAAAGUCAAAGCCUGUCUUGCAUCCGCCCCUCCCACGAACGUGAAGCGGACAGGAAAUCAUCACAGGAAAACUAAAGAGGCACUCGGUUCCUGUACUGGUGGCCUUACUUGAUGUCUUUUACAAAAUAGAGGAAAGCGAUACUAACCUCUUUUGCUGCAUCUGCUAUUCUACCUAUAUGUCUUACAUUCAUAUGUAUUAUUUUAAGAAAUUUACUAAUUUACCAGUUUACUCACGCCUUACAAAUCCAUACCAAAUAGCCUAAAGUAUUUUAUAUUCAUUUCUAUUUUCAGCCUGUUUCUACCAAAGCUAUUAGAACCAACUUGUACCUCUGAAUGCCUGACCAUGAGAAGAUAUAAGAAAAUGUUAAAACUUUUGGAAACUUCGGAGCCAUGGCUUUUGAACCCGGUUGAAAGAACAUGCUGUCUGAAUUGUUACAGGUUACAUUUUGGCCAAAGAUUCAUGUUAGAAAUGCUUACAUUGAUAAGUAGCCUUAUUUUUUUCUGUAUUAUAUAUUGUCAUGGCAAAUUAGGAAUGAACUGUGUUUAAUAAAGUUGUAUUUUUGCUUUUCAAUCAAA